UUGAAUGCUUUUAAUACAGUUUGUAAUAGAAGGAACAUUUCCAGGAGGUCGUCCUUAGACAGAGGAAUUGGAAGUGGUCUUCUUUCAGAGGGCUCAAAAUUUUCCAUUGGUCGAUUGGGUAAACAUCUCAUAGCCCCAAUCCCCCAUGCAAAUGAAGCAUUCCAAAGUCAAUGAACGCCAUAUCAAUAACGGCAAAAACCUAAUCAAACCUUCCAUCAAGCAUAACAUUCGCUCCACUGACACUUUCAUAAUCCCAAUUUCUGGCAUUCCACAAUAACAACAACAAAAAACUACCUUGUGGUUUACUAUAGCCGACACCACCACCCAGUUGUAAUUGAAAAUUACUUCAAGCUUUGGCCAUAUAAAUUAACAUUUGUGCCAACAAUUGUUGCUAGUUGAAACCAAUUCCAACAUGGGACACCAUCAGCUAAAGGUUUUACUCGUCCUGGCCCUACUCACACUCGAUGUGAUGGUGGUAAUGGCCAAGAAACACAAGGAGGAAUCCUCAGAGGAAAAAGAGGAGGAAGGCAAGAAGUACAAAGAAGAGGAGAGCCACGAAAAGAAACAUAAAUCCGAUAAAGGCCACAAGGAACACGACGAAUGGGAUGAGGACGAAAAGAAACAUCACGAAGAGGAGGAUCACAAACAUCAUUAUGACCAUGAGGGUGGCAAGAAGAAACACGAAUACGGCGAAGAAGAGGAAUAUGGUGAGGAACACAAGCAUGGCAAACACAAGGAAGCCGGUAAACAUCACGAGAAAAAGAAACACAAAAAGGGUCACAAGGAGUUGGAACAUCACAAAAAGUUCCACAAAGAUGAGUAUGUAAAGGAUAAGAAAUUCUAUGAUGAUGAAGAUAAGGGUGGACACCACAAGAAAUAUGGCAAAGAACACAAACAUCAUGAGGAAGAGGAAAAGGAGCAGAAGAAGGGUGAGGAACACGAGGAGGGUAAAAAGAAACAUCACAAGGGUCACAAGAAACACUAUAAGAAAGGCCACCACGAUGAGGAUCAUAAGAAAUACAAGAAAGAAAAGAAACACAAGGAAGGCGGGGAGGAACACAAGAAAUGGGGCAGCGAGGACAAGAAAAAGGAGCACAAAAAGUCUGGCCACAAGAAGGAGAGUGAGAAGAAGAAGGAUUGAGCGAUUAAUUUAAUGAUUUGAUAUAAUUCAGUGAGAGAUAAAAACAAAUUAUCAAUUUAAAAUUUAAAUGAAAAUCUGCUGUGGGAAAGGAUUAAAAUUUGUUAAUUUCGAACAAA